AUGAAUACCGCCGAGGAUCACGCUGAACGCGAGAAUUACCCGGGGCAUGCGGUUCAACCCGAGCAUAAGAGUGACCCUGAGCAUAAGGAUUACUCUGAAUGUGUUCCGAAAGAGAUCGGGCUCGUAGGAACUUCCUGCGGCGCAAUACAUCCUGUGAUCGGUCCCCUCGAAUCUCAUGGAGGAUACGCAAAAUGUGAGUACCGGCCCGUUAUGGCCCUGCCAGGCCCUGCCGACAUGCAGUUUCCGAUAAGAAAACCAUCGAGCUGCAACAAAGAUUUAAUGAACUACAUCCAGAUUAUCAAACACCACCCAGUUGUGGAUGUGACAAUGAGGCUUUCUGUGAGGACAUUUGUCGUAUCGCAUUCCUUCUGGGCUUAUAUCGAAAAGGGCAUCCAGCUGGGACUCCGGCCAGACUUUGUGAUAUUCUGCGGACUACGUAAGGUCAAUCCCCGAGCUAUUACUGAACCCUACCUAUUCGAGGAACUAUGGUUUACUAUCAAGGACCCAGCGGACCUCAUCGAUGAUAUCAUCAUCUUGUUUUGGUUGCAGCUCAGGGAAUCCAUCGAAACUAAAUUGGUAUACGAGGGGAAAGCAUGGUCUAGUGAUGGAAGAUGGGUGGUAUGUGAAGGAGAAACUAUAGAUCAAGCAAAAGCCAGGGUGGAUGACAAAGAGCGUCAGAGGUUGAAGGAGCAAGCAAUCAAGGCGUAUGAAGCAAAUUUGCAAAGUCACCAACAAGCGCGGACAGAGGGCAUGCAGAAGACAUUGCAAGAUGCCCGACGCUUACUGGGCUGA